GAAUCGUAUUUCCAUUAAUUAGUUGAGCGAUUGAAUGGCGCAAACUUGAUAAAUUUAUUAGGUUUAAAAUUUUGCAUCAGAUUUUGUCUGCAAAGAAAAAUAAAUUACAUACUAUUUAUGAAAUUCAGGAAAAAAUCAUAAAAAAUUUCAAUUAGCCGGUGUCUGCUGUGAUUCGAUUUGUACCAGAAGUGACAAGCGGUUGUUUAUUUUUGUGCUGGCUUAAAUUUUCGUAACAUUGGAUUUUCUAAUAUUUUACAAUUCGGUGAGUGAUUUCAUGUGAUUAUUCAAUAGAUUAAACAUUAUAAUUGAAAAAGGAUUACAGUAAAGAACAUGGAUUCAGAGAAGCCGUGUGAGAACGAAAAUGAAUUUUUCUACAAAACAACUGAAGAUUUGGUUGGAGAAUCGAUUAUCGAUUACAAUUUGGAGGAGCUGGAAAACGACGACGAAGUGGAUAACUCAGCAACUGAUCCGUUAGAAGACAGCAGCAGUAGCAGUGGCAGAAAAGCAGUAAAUAGUUGUGACACUUUGUUUUUCUGCAUUUUGCUAGUCCACAAGCGACAAUUCAAAGGACAAUCUUCAGGAACCUACGUUGCUCGCUGGGAGUUGUCAGCAGGAAGUAGUCGUGAAUUCGUGGAAAAAGCGUGGAAUUUAUCGAAGAAAUAUUUGGCUCGUGAAGUUGUGUUCGUUUCUAACGCUGAUGGAACAUCAAGUCCAUCAUGGAGCUCCCACGAAUCACCCAUCGAAAGCGAAUUUCACAAGUUUGUGCUUUUCCAAUCUGGUCGGCGAAAUUAUACCCUCGAUAAAUUAAGCGAUGAAAAGACUUCUCUUUUGCACAGUUGGGGAGGCAAAGAAAUUUCUAUGUUUUUGCAUAUUUACUCGCUCUCAAUAAGCAGCCGGGCUGUUUGGAAUUCAGUAAAGGACAUGUUGAUUGACCCAGCAGAAAAGGACAGAUCCGGAGCAGCGAUGACUCAAGCAGUUUUUGAUCAAUCUGAUGAGCUCAGAACGACACACGGUGAUCAUUUGGAUGGGCAUGGAAUGGCUUGGUCAUUCUGGGCCAACAGUAUUUUGAACGCUCCUGGUCACUUACGAGAAGCAAUGAAGAAUCAUCCACCUCAGCAUUUAUCGCAUUUGUUUCGCGCGAAAGAAGGACCACGUAUAACCGCUAUUAGACGAGAAUUGAAUGUAGCUCAUGGUGUUAAUGAUAGUUUUCACGAGGAGAUCACGGCUCUUCGGCAGGCUUUUAACGUACUAGAAUCGAGCUUUGAACACUUCAGCAGAACGAUAAAAAUAGUAAAACAACGCCUCGAGGCCCUCGAGAUAAGAGAUAAGCUAAGCGAAACCCUUACAAGUGCAAUGGAGUCGUCUGCAAGCGUUCAAGAAGAUCAAGGAGGCAAGGCAUUGAACAUGGAAAUCACCGAUGCUGACGACGUUGACCACAUCUAAGUUUUUUUUUUUCACAUUUUUCUGCAUACUUUUAUUCAAUUAAAAUAUAGCAAUGUUAUAGAAAAGUUUCGCAAAUCAAGCAAUCUAAUAAAAACUUAACUAUGUAUGUUGAAAGUGAUGUCAAUCAGAUCUUCUGGGGCUGCAGUUGUCGGAUCGAAUUUGCCUCCAUGAACAUAACCACAUUUUUUAAACAAUUUGGUCAUGCUGAACGAAGAAAAAGAAUUCAUAAUCUCUGCUACUAAAACUUUUAGAUCCUGGUUAUUAUUCUCUCUGUAAUGUCGUUGCAUUUUUCUCUUAGCUAGUCCAAAUACAAUUUCGAUCGGGUUAUAGAAAGGUGCGUAUGCUGGCAGAAAGAUAAUAAAUACACCCAAUGAACGAAAACACCCUACAAUUUUGUC